GCACCCUCCCUCCUUCCCUUCCUCACGCCCUCCCUCCCGCCGCCGGCGCCCGCAGCCCCUCGCCGGACUUUGCUUUCGCUGCUCCAUCUCCGGCGGGCGCUCCGCGGCCCCCGCCCCGCCCGGCGCGUCCGGCCGUGCCGGGGCAGCCCGGGGCAGGGGUGCGGGCUAUGAGCCGGGCGCUGCCGGCGCGGAGCCCAGCGGCAGCGGCAGCGGCAGCCGCGGCGUAGGGCUGCUCUCCCGGGCGGGAGCGGGACCGUCCCGCGGCGCCCGGGGCUGCUCGGGGCGCGGGGAGAGCCCCGCGGCCGAGGGGCGGUGUCUCCCCCGGGGCCGCGGAGCGCGGUGGCGGCCGGCGGGAGGGGGCGGUCGCCCCCCGAUGUGUGACAUGAUCGACUCGCAGUCCGCCGAGAAGAUCAGCAGGAUGAAAAAGUUGCGAAGAACUUUAUCGGAGAGCUUCGGCCGAAUAGCCUUGAAGAAGGAAGAUAGCAGCUUUGAGGAGAUAUGUGUCACAAAGAUGUCUACACGGAACUGCCAGGGAAUGGAUUCAGUGAUCAAACCUCUGGAUACAAUUCCUGAGGAUAAAAAAGUUCGGGUUCAGAGGACACAGAGUAGUUUUGAUCCAUUUGAGAAACCAACGAAUCAAGUGAAGAGGGUUCAUUCAGAGAACAACGCUUGCAUUAACUUCAAAACUUCAUCUGCAGGGAAGGAAUCACCUAAAGUCAGGCGGCACUCCAGCCCCAGCUCUCCUACAAGCCCUAAGUUUGGAAAAGCAGACUCAUAUGAAAAACUGGAAAAACUAGGGGAAGGGUCCUAUGCUACAGUAUACAAAGGAAAAAGCAAGGUAAAUGGAAAGCUGGUGGCAUUGAAGGUGAUUAGAUUACAAGAAGAGGAAGGAACUCCAUUUACUGCUAUCAGGGAAGCUUCUCUUUUGAAAGGAUUGAAACAUGCAAACAUUGUGCUGCUUCAUGACAUCAUUCACACCAAGGAGACCUUGACACUUGUGUUUGAAUAUGUGCACACUGAUUUAUGUCAGUACAUGGACAAACACCCUGGAGGGCUUCAUCCAGAGAAUGUGAAGUUAUUUUUAUUUCAGUUGCUGCGAGGACUGUCUUACAUCCACCAGCGUUACAUUUUGCACAGGGACCUGAAACCACAGAACCUUCUGAUCAGUGACACGGGGGAGUUAAAGCUGGCAGACUUUGGUCUUGCAAGAGCUAAAUCAGUUCCUAGUCAUACAUACUCCAAUGAAGUGGUAACCCUAUGGUACAGGCCUCCAGAUGUCCUUCUGGGAUCAACAGAGUAUUCCACCUGCCUCGACAUGUGGGGAGUGGGUUGUAUCUUUGUAGAAAUGAUUCAAGGAGUCGCUGCUUUUCCAGGAAUGAAAGACAUUCAAGAUCAACUUGAAAGGAUAUUUCUGGUACUUGGAACACCAAAUGAAGAUACGUGGCCUGGAGUCCAUUCUUUACCCCAUUUCAAACCAGAACGGUUUACACAGUACGGCCCUAAAAACCUUAGACAAGCAUGGAAUAAGCUGAGCUGUGUGAACCAUGCAGAAGAUCUAGCCUCCAAACUACUCCAGUGUUUCCCAAAGAACAGAUUGUCAGCACAGGCAGCUCUGAGCCAUGAGUACUUCAGUGAUCUGCCCCCACGGCUAUGGGAGUUAACUGAUAUGUCUUCUAUUUUUACUGUACCGAAUGUAAGAUUACAGCCAGAGACUGGAGAAAGCAUGAGAGCCUUUGGAAAAAACAAUAGUUAUGGCAAAGGUGUAUCAAACAGCAAACAUUGAAGAAUACCAAUGUUCACAACUGAUGAUGCAGGAUUAAAUUUACCAGGUUGGAGGAGGGAAACAAAAACCUAAUGAGGAGGCCGACACCAGGAAGGAACCACAGCCUGUUUCCUUUCUGUCUCUGUGGUGGAUUUCAUUCAAAAGAAAAUUGAAGCUGGCAAGACCCUGUUUUUCCCUGCAAUUUAUUUAAAACCUUGCACGCAUUUGGAUACCUUGUGAUUUCAGAGAACUAUGUGAAGAUUAAGCUUUUGCUUACUGAUACAUGGCAUGUACUCUUUCAGUCUUUUGUGUUAGAUUUUGUUUGAUUUUCCACUGCAGCGCUGCAUCUUUGUAAGGAUUUUUAUGCUUUCACCAGCAAUGUCUUAAAUACUUUCAGACAACACACUUGGUGUUCACACUUCUUCAGUAACAACUGUACAAAAAGAGCCAACAGUGGCAUAAAGGACUGUGUUUUCUUUGAGGGUUGUGCAUAGUUUGCAACCAAUGGGAAGACUAUUUCUUCCCAGGGCAAGGCCAACUUGUCUGAUCAGCUGACAAUUACAGCACCUUGCCACUCUUCCUCAAGCGUUGUUGGGUUAUUUCUUUUUUCAUUACCCCCUCAGACCAUUCAUAUCCAUUUAAAAACAUGGCAAUAAUUGCAUGUUUACUUCAGUACUCUAAAUUUGGUUACUCUGCUUAGGCUAUGUAGCAUGCCAGUUUUCAAAAUAGGCCUGUGAGAAGGACAAAGCAAAAAUGAUGAGAUGUAUGCAGCUGACAGAUACACAGUGAAUUCCUUAUGGUUUUAUUCUCUUCAAGAAUAUAUCUUUCUUUAUGGGUCUUGGGUAACAUCUCUAUGUUUUUCCUCACACCAGUUACUUUUUGGAAUAUUUUCUUGAAAACAGAGAUGAUGAAACUGUUCUGUUUAAUUCAAGGCAGAUACUGAGGUACAGAAACAUUUCCUUUGAACGAGCCAUUAAAUCCAACUGUUACUUAGCCACGUACAAAGCGAGGUGGAGAAUUCUCCUCAUCCCAGACUGUUUGCUGUUCCACACCAAAGCACCUUUUGAGUUAUUUUCCAUAGGUAUUCUGAGCUGAUUGGAAGGCACUACAUGAUCCUUAGUCUUUAGAUAGCUUUUCUGAAUGAAUCAUUCAAAUGCAAAGUUUUUGCAAGAAACUAAGUUGUGUGUGUGAUUUUAGAAAUGGAAGCCCCUGCUACAUUUUGGAUGGGGAGAGCAUUGUGUUCAGCGGUGUGAAAUUACUGCCCUGUUUACAACUUUGCAUUUAGAGAGGGCAGGGUAUGGUGCAAAAAUCACUGUUGAGUUAUAGUCCUGCUCAGGCAGAAGCACUUGCUAGGCAAUAUUAUUCUACACAUAAUUUUGACAUCCUUUGCUUGCUGGAUGCAUUGAAUUACAUUUUAAGGAAGUGUGGUAACGCUUUGGUUAGCUUUCAGUGUUGGAAAGGCGGGGAAAGGGAUUUGUGCUACUGCCAUCUUAUUAAACUCCAGCAGUGUUUAAUAAGAAAACGACACCCAAUAAGGCAAAUCCUUGAAUGCACAAGUAGCUACAAAAGGUCUCUUAAUGAACUAGGACAGGAGUCUACACUUUCAAAGAACUGAACCGUGGAAAUAUUUUCAAUAUUUGCACAGCCAUUAAAAGACAAUUUUCCCCAAUGACAUCUCUGUUUCAGGAUCUGCUAAAAGCCAUCUGAAAGCCACUUUCAGUCACAAUCCUAUUUAGAACUUACUACAGUUCUUUCCCUGUGUUUAUAGGGGGAAAAGUGACCACUGAACUUUUGAAUUUAUCACACUGAAACUGCCUUAGACGUGGUUUGUUUGGGUUUCAUGUUUCUUUUUUUUUGUAAGAGAAAAGUCUUUUAUACAUUAUCUUUGCUACUUAAAUUGUGUGCAGUUUGAUGACUAAAAUUAGCUAUUUUUAGAAAAAAAACUUGCUGCAAAAUCUGAAGAAUUUUUGAAAAUGUAACAAAGAUUUUGAUUAGGAAUAUAAGGGUAGUUUCAUAGAUGCUUCUACUUGACAGCUUACAUUUGAAGGCAAGCAAUUACACUGCUCAACUAACCAUCUGAAGGUUUAAUACAGAGAGUAAUUCCCCAACUUUCCCACAAGCCUAGCACAUUACUAUCCAUAGUGACUCAUGUACAGUGUUUGCUUAAGGUAUGUGUGUGUGUGUGUGUGUGUGUGUGUACACAUGUGCGUGUGAGAUUAUCCUCUCUGCCCCAUUCCCACUUUUAAGCAACCACUGAAAUAAAGUUGAUCCAAAAAUCUUCAAACUCAAUUGAUUGCCUGAACGAAAGUUCAUAAAUAUCUAAGUUUCUAAAUAGCAACUUAAUCUUCAGCAGUAAUGAAGCUAUCUCACCUAGUGAUCAUCAAGGAGUGACCAGAGUCUCUUACUUCUGCACCUCUUUCUGGGCACUCUGACUGCCUGGGGUGACCUGGUUUUGCUGCUCUCCCAUGGAGGCUGUGAGCCCUGGGGAUGUUCUCCUGGCACCAAGGCAACCAAGGCUCGGCAGGAUGGUGCUUUUCACAUGAGCACUGCAAAUUAAUCUUCUGUAACAUCAAAUCUGCUGGGAAAUAUCAAGGUUUUUUUAGAUAGUAGACCUUCCUUUGGCCAGGGAACUAACAGUUGCUUUAUAAAGCUUUAUUUCCCUCUUCUCCCUUCCAGCAGAGCCCUUACCUGCAUCAGUAAGGACCCCCAGACAGCUGCCCACCUCUCCAGCUGUUUUCACCACAGCUCUUCUCAGUGUUGCAGAAUGGACUGUUUAAACCCUAUCAAUACUUUUGAGACAGCUUCAGCAAAGAUCAGUAGUGUUACUCUCUUUUUCUCUCAUCCUUCUGAAAUCAGUUCCCUAAAGGAUUUUCAAAGAGAUAAGUGCUGUCCAGACAGCCUUCCAGACAUGCUCUGGGUGCCUGGAACGAGAUGGUUCACAUUGUUAACAUUGUUACAUUGCUGAAGUCAAAAGUUGGCUUCAGUGACCAGUAGUCUCGGAGCAAAUCUCAGUUCCUCCAGGACCGUGCCCCAGCAUCAGCCACUAGCAGCAGCUUAACUUGCAUUUUAGAUCCAGUAGAUCUGGCCUGGUGAUAGUUGAGAGGAUGUGGCUUUGCUGUGAGAUGGGAGAGCAUUGACAGGGCAGCAGGUAUAGCAGGCAGAUAAAAGUGGGAGGGCAGGUUCUAACUCUCCAUGGAAUCUAAUAUUAAGGGAAUGGGGAAGGGAAGAUGGUGAUAGAUAUGGUCUGCAUGAUCUAGAGAGUCCUUACAAGUUCAAGUUCACAGAACCUAAAGUUACAAGUCAACCAGCUGGAGAUUGCUCAGUCCUCUCUCCUGCUGCAUUCAGAUCAACUCUAAUCCACACCCAGCAGGCACCACCCCAGACAGGACAUUCCAGUAGUUCUGACAUUGCAUUACUGUAUGGGGUCCUUUUAAUUCUCACUCUUACUUUUAAUCAGAACCAUGGCUUAGGACAAAGUCAUCAGUACAACAGUGAAAAUUCAGUAUGCAGUAGACAGAGGCACAGGGGGCUUUGCUUUCUCUUUAGUGUGUAGGAGUUCUGCACUUCAGACUCCUGGGAAGAGAAGGUAAGAUAAAUAAAUAAAUACUCUGUGGGUUGGUGGGUUAUGUACACCCCUGUGCCAGUGCACACAACCAAAUGUGUAGUCAAUGCUCUGAUAUGCUCAUAUACAAAAUAUUCAUCUGUGAAUAUUACUGGGUUUGUAAUCUUUGUUAUAUAAAAGGUUUAAGAUGUACAGACUAAGGAGCAAAAUGCAGAUACCCCAUAUAAACAGAAUUAGGUUGCAUUGCUGAGCAUAACAAUACUCUCCCCUACCAGCAUUUAGGUGGAGUGACUGUAUGUUACUGCCUUGCAUUUUCACAUAAGCAAAAAAUCUGAAAGUAAAGGAUGCACUAAUAAUUCCCAUCCCCCAAAAUGCAUUUCAAUGGUGCUGCAUACAAAAUUCCUGCUUGCCAGCUUCCACGCAGAUUUUUGUAUGGUGCACUAAGAAGUGUUCUUUUUUUUUACAAAUAAAAAAGGGGAGGGCUGGUACAUGAAAACAAUGUUAAUGUAAUUAAAUAUAUAUACUUCAGAAGAACAGCAUAGUAAGCAGUACAGUAAAAUAAAUGUCGCAUUAUUUGUUACACCUUGUAAUUUGUCUGUAUUAUGAAAGAUGUAAUGGUUUGUCAGCUGUAACUGUUGUUUUCUUGUAACAUCAUAUUGAAUAAAGUGUAGCAGAAUCUC